GGUUUUCUCAUUCUUUCAGUCCAAUACGGACCGCCGCAAAGAACAGUACUCGAUUUACAAUGAAUUUCGAAUUAAUUUUAACUAUUAUUUUUUUAUUAAUUGCGUGUUUGUAUUUUUAUUUUAAAAAUGCGUUCGAUUAUUGCAAAAAAAUCGGGGUUCCAACCGUUCCUACGAGUUUUCUAUUUGGAAAUAUUAAGCCUGUGGUGUUUAGACAACAAAGUAUUAGUGAUAAAGUUGCCGAAACUUAUAGAUUAAUAAAGCCGUCUGGUUACCCAAUAACAGCAGUCUACUUCUUCGUUCAUCCAGUUUUCGUUCCCAUCAGCUUGGAUUUAAUAAAAAACAUAUUCCUAAAAGAUUUCCAUCACUUCGAUGAUAGAGGAAUAUUCUACGACGAAGAAAACGAUCCAGUAUCGGCUCAUUUAUUUUCUUUAUACGGCGAUAAAUGGAAAACAUUGCGGUCUAAAUUAACUCCAGCUUUUACAACGGGAAAAAUCAAAUUCAUGUUUGAUUUGAUCCAAAAAAACGCGAAAGAAAUGAUCGAUGUUUUGAGCGAAAUGACUCAAAUUAACCGAGAAGUCGAAAUUAAAGAUAUCUUAGCGAGAUACACAACCGAUGUAAUUGGAAACACAGCUUUUGGAAUUGAAUGUAAUAGUUUGAGAAAUCCGGAAGCUGAGUUUAGGGUGAUGGGGAAUCGGGCUUUUCUACAAACGAAAUGGGAUUUGAUUCGAAAUAUGAUUAUUUGCGCAUCGGACAAAGUUGCUAAAGUUUUACGAUUAAGCGUUUUUCCCAAAGAAGUUUCGAAAUUUUUUAAAAAAGUCUUAGAAGAAACGAUUAGUUAUCGAGAAAAUAAUAACGUGAUGCGUAAAGAUUUCCUACAAAUCUUAAUUAUGCUAAAAAACGGCCAAAAUUUAGAAUCAAAUGAAUUAAACGACCAAAAAAUAACGUUAAACGAAGCUUUAGCACAAGGAUUUAUAUUUUUCUUGGCUGGUUUUGAAACAACCUCAACCUCGAUGGGUUUCGCAGUUUUCGAAUUAGCCCUAAACGAAGAUAUCCAAGAAAAAGCCAGAAAGGAAGUUUUUGAAACUCUCGAGAAACACAAUGGGGAGAUAAAUUACGAUUUUAUUUCGGAAUUAAAUUAUUUAGACAUGGUUUUAGCAGAAUCGAUGCGAAAAUAUCCACCGGCACCUGCCUAUUGUAGGAAAUGUACCAAAGAUUAUCAAAUACCCGGAACUAAAACAAUAAUCAAGAAAGGAAUGCCUUUAGUGAUUCCCACCUUUGCCCUUCAUCGUGACCCCGAUUAUUUCCCGGAACCGGACGUUUUCAAUCCUGAGAGGUUCAACAACACCAAUAAACACAAUAUAAAAGAAUUUUCUUAUAUACCAUUCGGAGAAGGACCAAGAAAAUGUAUAGGUAUGAAAUUUGCAACUGUUCAAUCAAAACUAGCGUUAGUCGUUUUAUUAAAAAGUUUUAAAUUCAAAUUAAGUGAAAAAACGAUAUUGCCGUUAAAGAUGGAAACGAAGGGAAUCACCUUGGCCCCGGCUAAUGGGGUUUGGAUUGAAAUGGAACGAAUAUAGCGUUGGAACAACUUUUAAAUUAAAAAAAAUCUUACCUUUCCGGCUAAUUCCAAAAUAGCAAUCUUUC